CCAGCGCCUGCCCUCUUUUUGUUUCUCUGACUUCGGCCUGUCGCUGUAGGCAGCGUGGUGACCAAUCUUGUUUUUUCCUUUCACCCAGUGGUUUACUUUGGGGCUCUCCCGCUGGCCCGAGGGAAGCUCGGCAAGAGGUCGGGAGUCGUUCGCCGGCCUUUCAGCACAAACAUGGCGAACGUGGUGCUGGAGUUCAAGGCGUCUGCUGGAGACUCGGAGCCUCAAAGCCGCCCCGUGUUUUUUCUCGGCCAGCUGAACAACCUGCAGCAACUCUCAUGGGCGCAAGUCAAAGGGAAGCUACAGCCGGUCGUCAGCAAGGAGACAUGGCAGUUGGCGCUGGGUGCCCUAAAUCCCAACCCCACCGACAGCUGCCCGCUGUACUUGAGUCACGCAGUGGUGGCUGCCCUGCCGUCCCGCGUCAGCAGGCACAACAGCCCCUCCGCUGCCCACUUCCUCACUCGCCUGCUGCGCACCUGCCUCCCGCCCGGGGCCAACCGCUGCAUCGUAAUGGUGUGUGAGCGCACUGAGGUGUUUGCCUCUGCCUGCGCUAUUGCCCGGGCCUUCCCCCUCUUCUCCCGCCGCUCAGCUGCCUCCCGCAGGACCGAAAAUAAACUGGUGACAGUGGAAUUUAUUACCGUAGGCCAGGACAAUGGUCCCCUAGACCUCACAACCUUGGAGUGCCUGGCUAACGCAGCUGAUGGCGUGAGGCUGGCUGCUCGGAUAGUCGACACUCCCUGCAGUGAGAUGAACACUGAUCACUUCCUGGAGGAGAUCAAGGCUGUCGGGGCUGAACUCGGGAUCGCUCCUACCAUCAUUCGAGGAGAGGAGCUCAAACAGAAGGGAUUCGGAGGGAUUUAUGGUGUGGGGAAAGCAGCGGAACACCCUCCAGCCCUGGCGGUGCUCAGCCAUACACCAGAGGGCGCCACUCAGACCAUUGCGUGGGUUGGCAAGGGUAUCGUGUACGACACAGGUGGCCUCAGUAUCAAGGGAAAGACCACCAUGCCGGGGAUGAAGAGGGACUGCGGGGGGGCGGCGGCCGUCCUCGGGGCCUUUAAAGCUGCCGUCAAGCAGGGCUUUAAAGACACCCUCCAUGCCAUCUUCUGCCUGGCGGAGAACGCCGUCGGUCCAGCUGCCACAAGGCCUGAUGACAUCCACACGCUGUACUCCGGAAAGACAGUGGAAAUAAACAACACCGACGCGGAGGGCCGGCUGGUGCUGUCCGACGGAGUGGUGUAUGCGAGAAAGGACCUUUCUGCAGAUAUCAUCCUGGACAUGGCCACCUUGACUGGAGCGCAGGGGAUCUCCACCGGGAAAUACCACGCGGCGAUCAUAACCAACAGUGAGGAGUGGGAGGCUGCCUGCGUGCGGGCCGGCCGCAGCAGCGGAGACCUUGCCCACCCCUUGGUCUACUGCCCUGAGCUGCACUUCAGCGAGUUCACGUCCGCUGUGGCCGACAUGAAGAACUCAGUAGCUGACCGUGAGAAUGCUCAGAGCUCCUGCGCAGGGCUCUUCAUCGGCUCACACCUGGGCUUCGACUGGCCGGGCGUCUGGGUGCAUGUGGACAUCGCCUCCCCAGUUCACACUGGGGAGCGCGCCACAGGAUUUGGCGUGGCCUUGCUGCUGGCCCUGUUUGGACAGGCCUCUGAGGACCCCAUACUCAACAUGGUGUCCCCACUGGGCUCGGCCAACUCUCAGCUGGGAGAUCAGAUGGAGCGCGACUGCAAGAGGCGGAGGCUGGUGUGACUCCGGCCGGCCUUCCUCCUGGCCCAUCCACUUCCUGUCGUCGUGUGCUGCCAACACCACAGAAUACCUAAUGGUCUUUGCGACUCAUUUCCAUCAGUUCAUUAAACAACUGAUCUUCACCCCUCUGCACUAACUAUACAUGAGCUAGAUUUUUACAGUGUUUUAACUAAUUUAAGAAAUACCAACCCUCUGUACUGUGGGGAAAAUGUCUUGUAGGAUUUGAUGGUAGGGACAUCAGGGGGGGGCCCUGUUUGGUUAAUCUUCAUUUUCCGUUAUCUACGAUAAGCUUUUGUGAUUGCAAAAAAAAAGGGCCUGGUGUGAUGUCCAGACCAGUGGUUAGGGAUGAAUAGUGAAAGGGGGGGGGGGUGCUGAUGGUUGAUGUGAGAGAGCCGGGUCGGUGGAGUUUGAACUCCGCUGCAGAAUUAAUAAUUUGUCUGACGCAUCAUCUUAAAUGAUUUUAGUCUGUAAACCAGAUUAUAGCAGAGGUGUGUAUCUCUAUGAAAGGAAGGUAAAGAGUUGUUGAAUUUGCAUCUGAAAAUAAAUAUUGAAUCAUG